AUGAGCGCUUUAACUUCUCUCAAGAGCCUACUAGACUUUGAUACUCCCGUGACUGCUGAGGAUGAGAUUAAGGGGUCAGAAUCACUUGAAAAUCUUGUUUCUUAUAUAGAAAGUCAACGAAGCAAGUCAAAUCGCAUACCUCAAUUACUUGAACUGAUUAGGUUGGAAGUUAUUCAUGGAAUUGAUAGUGAAAGAUCGCAAAUGUGGGAGUUGGAUGGAGAAACAUUAUCGAAGCUUACAGAUCAAUUUCAGUCUUUUCAUAAUGAAAUAGACGGGCAACGAAAUAAGAUGAAAAUCGUUGGAGGCAUUCUUACAGAUUUUAAUGAACUGUUGAACGAUUUAUCCAGUAACUUAACUAACCUCCACGAUAGGUCUACCAAAAUUACGUCCAACGUUGAGUUACAACGUGCAACCAUAGAGAAGUUGAAUCCAGUCAUUUUGGAUCUAAUGAUCCCACCAGAAGUAGUAAGAUCUAUAAUUCACGACCAAAUUGAACCAGCAUGGCUCGAAAACAUCAGGUUUAUAAAUGAAAAGCUUCAACUCAUAUCUAAUGUGAAGUCUAAGAAGUUAGAUAAAAACUUGGCGAGCUUAUAUGAAGAGUCAAAAACCUUCCAUCAGUUGGAAGAAGGCAUUGGACAGCUUAUUGCCAAAGCGGUCGAAAGAAUAAGGGACUUUUUAAUUUCUCAAAUAAAACGGUUGAGAUCAUCUACGAGUGCAUCGUCUCAAACGAUUCAAAAGGGCCUCCUUGAAGUUAAAGAAGUAUUUGUUUUCCUAGAGGAUCACCAUAAGGAAUUGGCGGGCCAAUUACGACUAGCAUACAUCUAUACUAUGAAAUGGUAUUACCAAACUAAGUUUGCGAAAUAUUUAUAUGCCAUUCAGAAGCUCAACAUAAAGAACGUCGAUCUGAGCUUGGUGUUAGGUGCGUCUCUUGUUGAUGACAGGGCAUCUUUAUUCGGUUUAAAAUCAUGGAUGUAUAAUAGCAAUAGUUCCUUGCAUCCACCAUCACAAAAUCGUGUUUCUCAGUUAAGCAUUACGGAAUAUUUAAUGUCACUUGAUAAAAGGAUGCAAAUAUUGGAGGAUAAGGCGACCUCAGAGCCUCGAAUUGCGAUCCCAUCUCAAAUUGCUGAAACUACCCCUUUUAGUUAUUGGCUUGAGUUUAUAUUCAAUCAAUGGCUCUUGGCAUCGACAGAUAAUGUUGUCGUUGAAUAUUUAUUUGUUGUUGAUUUUUUUUAUCGUGGGGACGAAAAGUUCGAAGAUGUUCCUGACGAUGGCCCUCAGAAUCACCUGUCACCAAACUUACCAUGGCCCCAUGUGAUGUUUGAAAAUGUUUACAAAAUGGGAAAUGAUUUUGUAACUUGGUUGUUAUCGCAGACUCCUUCUCAAUAUGGCAGAGGUACAAUUACAGCUAACAGGAAUAAUGCAUCAUUUAUUUCUCAAGGAACUUGCGAUGCCUACGCCAUAUUGUUAAUGAUUCGUCUCAUUCAAAAUUCUCAAUCUCUUCUCCACAAUGAGUUUCAUGUACCUAUUCUUGACGAUUAUUUGAAUUCAAUUUUAUUAAAAUUGUGGCCACAUUUUACUAAAGUCAUUGACUUGAACUGUGAAUCUAUGAAGAAGGUAACAGUUAUUGCAUCAAAUGAAGCGAAGUUAGCACCUUCUGCCAUUACACAGCAAUUCGGUCAAUUCUUACUGGGGUUGUUGAAGCUCUCUUUCAUCAAUUCAAAAGAAAAGAGUAAAGAUUAUCGCGGUGAGCCUCUUUUUACUUCGAUAACAAGACUUAGGAACGAUUUCGAAAGUGUUCUAACGAAGUUGAGCACUCAUAUAUUUGGAAAUGGCAAAAAAAAGUUGACAGAAAGAGAAAUAUUUUUAUAUAAUAACUAUUUCCUUGUUACCAGUAUUCUAAAGAACGAAAAUGAUGGCAGCAAUGAAAUUGUGGAUGAACAAGUGAAACAUUUUGAAACACUUUGUGAUGCUUAUAGAAAGAAUUAG